GUACGCUUUUCCCACUCUGUCGUCCCUUGCAUUGCUAACAUACAUCUAGCUUCUUCUACGCUGGCACAACUGCAGUCAUUUUGCUCGGUGGACAAUGUCUGCUAUGCCGUCAAUGUGCCAGAGGCUAGUGCUUCCAGUGGAAGUGGGGAUCUCUUCUUCCAGAUUAGUGGACCGUCGAAUAUGUCAUGGAUUGGUCUCGGUCAAGGAACUUCAAUGACGGGAGCAAACAUCUUCAUGAUCUACGCAAAUGCAGCUGGAACAAAUGUUACACUAUCACCACGGAACGGUAUUGGGGAGAAGCCACCAACUACAGACAGCACCGCCUCUGUUACUCUACUUGACGGAUCUGGCAUCUCCAAUGGCACCAUGACGGCAAAUGUCAAGUUCACUUUCCAUAGCAAGUUUGGUAAACAACAAUUCGAUCUCACACAAGCUGCCGGAGGAAACAGCGCGAACCCUUUCACCGCAACUACCGCCGCAACAACUUCUGGGGGAAUACAUUCUGGCCCACCCAUGGGCUCAGGUGGACCUCCAAAGUACUUCAAUGCCGUUCUGAUCGCACAUGCAACCCUUUUGCCCAUCGCCUUCGUCCUCCUCAUGCCUAUGGGUGCCAUGGCCAUACGUCUCCUCAGCUUCAAAGGUCUCCUCUGGGCGCAUGCAGGCUGUAUGAUACUCGCCUACUCAAUUUGUAUAGCGGGUAUGGGUAUGGGUAUCUGGAUAGCCCUCACUGUGAACAAGCUCAAUACAUAUCACGCCAUCAUUGGACUUUUUGUAAUUUCUGCUUUGACCCUUCAACCCGUCACCGGUCUCGUCCAUCACCUUCUGUACAAGAAGACGGGUGGAAAAAAUGCUGCGACAUACCCGCAUGUUUGGUGGGGUCGCGCUAUCGUGACUCUCGGAAUUAUCAAUGGAGGUUUCGGUCUCCAGCUGGCUAGAAAAUAUGCCCCGCUGGCCAAUGGAAGCCGAAAGGGAGAGAUUGCCUAUGGUGUCGUGGCAGGUCCGAUGUGGAUCCUUUGGAUGUCUGUUAUUGUAUUCUCGUCCUUUAAGAGCAGAGAAAAGCAGCAAGGUGAAGCUGUCGUAGUACGCCCAGGCAGCGGAGAGAAGAUCAUGACUGGACAUUCUGAAUAA